UGGAAGCAGAGCACAUCGGGACAGUAUCUGAAAGCCAUGCCUUACAUCUACCAGGGCCCAGGACCCAGGGCACAUACAGUACCCAAGGAUUCCCGCACCAUCCAUUCUUCUGGCAAGACCUAUGAGGAGCUGCGACAGGAGUGCCUACAGAGGGGCAUCCUGUUUGAAGAUAGGGACUUUCCAGCCAAUGACUCCUCCCUCUUCUUCAGCGACAGACCCUCCAUUCCUUUUGUGUGGAAACGUCCUGGGGAAAUAGUUAAAAACCCAGAAUUCAUUCUUGGAGGAGCCACAAGAACUGAUAUUUGUCAAGGGGAUCUUGGAGACUGUUGGCUCUUAGCAGCCAUUGCCUCUCUUACACUUAAUGAAAAGACUUUGGCUAGAGUUGUGCCCCCUGAUCAAAAUUUUGGCCCUGGUUAUGCUGGGAUAUUUCACUUUCAGAUCUGGCAGCAUGGCGAGUGGUUGGAUGUGGUCAUUGACGACCGGCUCCCGACCUUCAGAGAUCGUUUGGUUUUCCUUCACUCUGCUGAUCACAAUGAAUUUUGGAGUGCAUUGCUGGAAAAGGCAUAUGCCAAAUUGAGUGGAAGCUAUGAAGCCCUGAAGGGUGGAAGCACAAUUGAAGCUAUGGAAGACUUCACUGGAGGAGUAGCAGAGACUUUUAUCAUUAAAGCAGCCCCAAAAAACUUAUAUGAGAUCCUAGAAAAGGCUGUGAAGAGAGGCUCUCUGGUGGGCUGCUUCAUAGAAGUCAAAGAUUCUUCAGAGACAGAAGCAAAAACACCUUUUGGCCUCAUUAAGGGUCACGCAUACACAGUGACUGGAAUUAACCAGGUGAAUUACAAAGGCCAAAAGGUUGAGCUCAUCAGAGUCCGGAAUCCUUGGGGCCAGGUAGAAUGGAAUGGUCCUUGGAGUGACAAUUCUCCUGAGUGGAAUUUUGUCAACUCAUCUGAGCAAAAACGCCUCUGCCAUUCUGCUCUUGAUGAUGGAGAAUUCUGGAUGACUUUCAAGGAUUUCAAAGUCCACUUUGACAAAGUAGAGAUCUGCAACCUCACACCUGAUGCCCUGGAGGAAGACACCCUUCACAAAUGGGAAGUAACAAUUUAUCAAGGGAGUUGGGUCCGAGGAUCCACUGCAGGAGGAUGCCGUAAUUAUAUUGACACCUUCUGGACCAACCCCCAGAUCAAAUUAUCUCUGACUGAGAAAGAUGAUGGCCAAGAAGAAUGCACUUUUAUUGUUGCCCUUAUGCAAAAGGACAGAAGGAAACUCAAGAAAUUUGGAGCCAAUUUGCUGACAAUUGGAUAUGCUAUUUACCAGAGCCCUGCCGAAAAUGAACACCUCAACAAGGAUUUUUUUAAAUUUCAUAGUUCUCAGGCCAGGAGCAAAGAAUACAUUAACCUAAGAGAAGUCUCUAACAGAUUCAAGCUGCCCCCUGGAGAAUAUAUCUUGAUUCCUUCAACUUUUGAACCACAUGAGGAAGCCAAUUUCUGCCUUCGAAUCUUUUCAGAGAAGAAGACUAAAUACCAGGAUAUGGAUGAAACAGUGGAUAUUGCCCUGCCAGAGCCAUCUAAACCAACUUCACCCAGCCAAGAAACCAAGGAAGAUAAAGAAUUGCGGUCACUGUUUGAACAGGUUUCAGGAGAGGACAUGGAAGUGACAGCAGAGGAACUGAGGCAUGUUUUGAAUACCAUGCUGCAAAAAGAAAAGAAUAUUAAAUUCAAGAAGCUAAGCCUCAUUUCCUGCAAAAACAUCAUUUCUCUAAUGGAUACCAAUGGCAGUGGGAAAAUGGAGUUCAAUGAAUUCAAAAUGUUCUGGAUCAGGCUGAAGCAGUGGAUAAAUAUCUUCCUUCAGUUUGAUGCUGACAAAUCUGGCACUAUGUCCUCCUACGAGCUGCGGUUAGCCUUGAAAGCUGCAGGCUUCCAGCUAGGCAAUUACCUUUUGCAGUUAAUUGUCCUAAGAUAUGCUGAUGAGCUAUACCAACUUGAUUUUGAUGAUUUCCUCAACUGCAUGAUCCGGUUAGAGAAUGCAACCCGGGUGUUCCAGGUUCUCAAAGCAAAGGACAAAGAAUGUAUUCAUCUCAAUAUAAAUGAGUUCAUCUGUUUAGCGAUGAAUAUUUGAAGCAGUCUCUGAUCUGAAUGUGAACUCCCACCAUGGCAUGCCCUUUGGUCCAUGAACCAAGGAGCUUUUCCUAGGUGGUGCCCAUGUAUCCAAGAAUGUGAAUGAAGAUUCCUUAUUUAAAAAUCCUACUCCCCAACCUGAUGACUCGCUUCAGCUUGAUCAAAAAUGGCUAUCGUAGGUUCAUAGGUUCAGGUAUCCAUCUUGUUUAGAGAUGAAGUAUUACCACAUGGAAAUAUGUGGUAGUAGGGUGGAGGUAAUGGAUUGCCAAGUAAGCCUUCUCUAGAAAUCACAUCCCCUUUGUUAAUGAUGACUCAGAGUUUUAACUCAGAUAAACUUUGGCUUCACCAGAUUCUUCAUUAUUGCCCUGACCCCUGCCAACCCUGCCACUUUGGCAUUGCCUGCAAGAUAUUGAAAGUCAUCUGACAGUUUUACAUGAUUUCACAUGUAAAAUCUAUAUCAAAUUGCUUACCAACUCAGGGAGAAAAGAGAGAAGGGAGACUGGGAAGGAGAGGGAGAAUUUAGAACAUAAAAUUUUUAAAAAAGGAUGUUCAAAGUUGUUUUUCCAAGUAAUUGGGGAAAAAAUAAAAUAUGACUAAAAAAU